CGGAUUAAGGUUAACCCAUUUUCCCAUUUUAAUACUUCUCUCUGCCCCUGCGACGGAUUAACGUUUCGCCACUUUCCGGGAUUUCCUUCCUUCGAUGGCUGAGGUAAUCCACAUUUCUUGAAGAUCUAGAGUUACGAGUACGAAUUACGGAGUACCAGUUACCCAUCUUUUGACCAUUCCGACAAUCCUGCCAAUUCUUACCAUGCCACUUUCUUUUCCCCAUUUUGCCCAUUUUGCCCUUCUUCACUCCUUCACUUCAAGUCUUGAUCAAUGGCUUCAGUAUUACCCGGACUGAGGAAGACGGUCCCUAGAUUAUCUAGGGACUUUUUUAUAUGUCAUCAAUGCUUGAAGCAACCUCGACCCAUAUUGAGACUGACGAAAUUCCCCGCCAAAUCCCCAUCAUCCCGCUCAAUUCGCUUCAAUAGCAACAUUGCUACCAUUACCGAAUCUGCUAAUGGAGCCUCUCCACUCGGUUCACUGGCUGAUUCAUUAAGUAAAUCGAGUCGAACAAUAAGCAAAGAAUCAUCACGAAACAGAUUUCCCGAGACCAGUUCAAAAUCGGUCGGUUAUUGGUUAUUGGGAAGCGCUGCAAGUGUAUUUGGAAUUGUCGUAUUUGGAGGUCUUACACGCUUGACGGAAUCUGGGUAGGUGCAUUAUCACGAAGAUCUUUUUGAAUGCAUACUUCGUUCUUCCUAUCUGCAAAUGCUUUCAUAUAGAUCACCUUGCUAACUCCCUUCAAGCCUGAGUAUUACAGAAUGGAAACCUGUCACCGGGUCUCUUCCACCCCUCUCCGCUGCAGAUUGGGAGAGUGAGUUCAACUUAUAUCGUGCCUCGCCAGAAUUCAAGCUUCUAAAUCCACAUAUGACAAUGGAGGAGUUUAAGAAGAUAUAUUUUAUGGAGUGGUUUCAUCGGUUAUGGGGACGAUUCAUUGGGCUUUCAUUCGUCAUUCCAGCCGUCUACUUCGUCGCUCGCCGCAAAGUUUCCAAGCCCAUGGCUCUUCGUCUACUUGGAAUAUCGGGACUUAUCGGCUUCCAGGGAGGUAUUGGUUGGUGGAUGGUUAAGUCAGGAUUGAAGGAUGAUCUUUUCGCCCCUGGCUCUCAUCCCCGAGUUUCCCAAUAUAGGCUCACCACACAUCUUGGCGCUGCCUUCAUAUGCUAUACUGCGAUGCUUUGGAAUGGACUCUCGAUUCUUCGCGAUCACCGUUUAUUAUUCGGUACCACACCCGCUCAGGCUCAUGCACAUCUUCUCCGCCUAUCUUCACCCUCUUUAUCCGUAUUCCGAAAAUCCGUCGCCGGCCUUGCUCUCCUUGUCUUCACAACGGCCAUGUCUGGUGGAUUGGUGGCGGGUCUCGAUGCGGGGCUUAUCUACAACGAGUUUCCUCGAAUGGGUAAGGGGCUCACCCCACCAAAAUCCGAACUCUUUUCGGAAUUUUACUCUCGACGACCAGAUCAAAGUGACUUGUGGUGGCGUAACAUGCUCGAGAACCCAUCAACAGUACAGCUCGACCACCGGAUAUUAGCCACUACAUCUUUCACGGCUAUUCUCGCUCUCUGGGCAUACUCACGCUUUAACCCCAGGGUUAAAGCUGCUCUCCCAAAGACUGGAGCACAAGGCAUGAUGGGUGUAGUACAUCUUCUGAUGAUGCAAGUUACUUUGGGUAUCAGUACUUUGAUAUAUCUAGUACCUACUCCUCUUGCUUCUGCUCAUCAAGCUGGAAGUCUAGCAUUAUUGACAGGUGUAGUGGUAUUAGGCAGUAGAGUCUGGAUCCCAAAAAGGACCAUGGCUAUUUUGAGAAGAAAGUUGACAGCACAUAGUCCACAAGCCGUGAAGAUGAAGCAUUCCGCGAUGCGAAGUGCAUGAAUAGCCGCAAAGACUUUUGAAGCUGCAAUUCUUUCAUCGUACAUUUGUAAGUGUAGAUGGAAGGUUGAGGAGAUGAGAGAAAGGCGUACAGUUAGGCUUAUCUCGUGUAUAGAAUAUCCACUUCUCAACUCUGUACAUUAUUCAACCAAUAUUUAUAUGCAAGUCUGUAUGAAUGCGGUCAAAAUCAUGAAAAUGGUAUUACCUUUUUGCACAUUGUUUUACCGGGUACCAAAGAAAAUGAGAUCGUGGAUUCAAGUUCUCCAGAUGAAAAGCACUUUAUUUUGAGUGAUAAAGAGAAGAUGAUACUUGUUAUUUGUUGAAAAUAGACACAGCUUCAAUAGCUUCCCACCACCCUCCACCCAUUGUUGAAGAAUCCCCGCUUCACGUUUGAUUCUGCAUCCCCAUGAUUGAAGAACCCUCGAGGAACAUUCUCUGUGCGCAUGGCAGUGAUAUUGGUUUUAGUGAAAUUCGAACAUAGCAUAGAAAGUGAUGGAUAUACC